AUAAUAGUAGUUUUAUAUAAAGAGAAAUUACACCACAUUUUCUCAUUUAUAUAUAAGAGUCUUUGUGAUUUUUUUAGUUAAUUAUAAUUGAAUAACAUUUUGAAUAUUUGACGUUAAAGUGUAAUUAUUUUCCUUUUUAAACAUAGAAACGAUAGUGCUGGGAAUGUGGGCCUCAUCCCUCGCAUACCUCUGUCUUCUCUCAUCCCUCUCGUGAGUCUCAUCCCACGCACGAACCCUAACCCUAAUAGCCCGCAUUCAAUCUUCCUCUUCCCCCGCAUUACGUUUCUGGGCUCUCUCAUCUCUGUCUUCUCUCAUCCCUCUAACAAUGAUUUGCCUUUUUUCAAAACUCCAAAUUCGGCCCUUUUCUUUUCAUUUUUUUAAUUUCUUUUUUGGCUUUAAUCGGAAGUCUAUACUGUCCACUAGUAUACUGCUAUGUGUAACAUCAAGAAAUUUCUGCCCAUUACGUCGAAUAACGUGACAUUCACAAGUUGGUGCUCCAGUCGGAAAGCAACUGCAACAACAAUUUUGUUCCCAUUGCUCAUUCCAUCCACGAGCUUCGUCAACAUCAUACCAACAAGGUUUUCUCGUGGUUCAGUCCAGACAACUCUUUCCCCGAACAAGAAGCAGAGAAGUGGCCGUCUUUGUAGUUCUUUUGAUGAUCAAAUUAUGGACCUUCAAAGAGAUGAAUCAAAUAUAAAUGAAGAAGCUCAGCAGCGUAAGAGGAGAAAAAGGGAUGCAGAGGAGAGUAUGCAGGGUCUUCAGGGGCAUCUGUGGACUGUAAAGAUGCUAAUAGUUACACAUUUAAUAACAGUUACUAUUUGUGAGUAGGGAUUUCUUCAAAAUUGGGAACCCACGGUAUUUUUUUUUUUUUUUUUUUUUUU